AUGGCCCAAUAUGAGGCUAAGUUUACCGAACUAUCACGUUUUGCCCCACAGUUGAUUGCUACAGAGGAGGAAAAAGCUUUAAAGUUUCAGGAUGGACCGAAACCUUAUUUGAAGAAUAAGAUAUCAAUUUUGAAGAUAGGUGUUUAUUCAGAGGUGGUAGACAGAGCCCUUAUUGCAGAGAAGGACAAUGAAAAGUUUCACCAAUAUAGAGAACAACAAAGGAAGAUGAAUAGAAAUGAUGAGAAUAAGAAGUUUGUUUUUGGAAAGCCUAAGGAGGAGAAUAAAGAGGAUAGACAACAGCCUAAGGCUCAAGGGCGGGUAUUUGCUAUGACUCAUGGAGAUGCUCAGCCUACUUUUGAUGUGGUGACAGCUUCUUAUCAUGCUUCUGUUGAUUGUUUUGGGAAAAGAGUGACUUUUAGCAUUCCUGGUCAGCCUGAUUUUAGUUUUGAGGGGAAGCAUGUGGACAAACCACUACGUGUGAUCUCAGCCUUGCGAGCUAGUUCUUUGCUCAGGAAAGAGUGGGAGGUGGAGUUCACCAUUGAUUUGGUACCAGUGACAGGUUCUAUAUCUAAGACCCCUUACAAGAUGGCACCUUUGGAGCUUAAGGAGUUGAAGAUUCAACUUCAGGAGUUAGAGUUGAAUAAGGUGAUGGUGAGGAAUAAGUAUCCCCUUUCUCGGAUUGAUGAUUUGUUUGAUCAGCUUCAGGGUGCUUGUGUGUUCUCUAAGAUUGAUCUUCGGGUAUUCAAGCCUUAUCUAGAUCAGUUUGUGGUAGUUUUUAUAGAUGAUAUUCUGGUGUACUCAAAGAGUAGGGAGGAACAUGAGCGCCAUUUGAGUAUUGUAUUACAGACUCUCAAAGAUAAGCGAUUGUAUGCUAAACUCAAGAAGUGUGAGUUCUGGUUACACAAGGUUUCUUUCAUUGGGCAUGUGGUGACCAAUGAUGGCAUCUCAAUUGAUUCUGGAAAGGUAGAUGUUGUGUCAAAUUGGAGGAGACCUACUACUGUGACCAAGAUUCAAAGUUUCUUAGGACUGGCUGGUUAUUACAGGCGGUUUAUUGAGGAGUUCUCUAAGAUUGCCCUAUCUCUAACCAGUUUGACUCAAAAAGGGGUUAAGUUUGAGUGGUUCAGGAGGGUUUGUGGUGUGUAG